AUGGAGAAUUACACGGCGUGGAAUAAUUUCACCCGAGUUCUGUCAGAGCUGGACGGGGUGGGUGGUGAGGAGGGAGAGGAGGAGGAGGAGGAGGGGGGUGGUGAGGAGGAUCACGGGACGGCCGGGGGGAGCGGGCUGCGCGUGCUCCUGGGCUGCGUCCUCUUCCUGCUCAUCGUGUCCACGCUGCUCGGGAACACGCUGGUGUGCGCCGCCGUGGUCAAAUUCCGCCACCUGCGCUCCAAAGUCACCAACCUCUUCGUCAUCUCGCUGGCCGUGUCCGACCUGUUCGUGGCCGUGCUCGUGAUGCCCUGGGAGGCCAUCUCCGAGGUGACGGGCACGUGGCUCUUCGGCCGGUUCUGCGGUGUCUGGAUCGCUUUUGACAUCAUGUGCUCCACCGCGUCCAUCCUCAACCUGUGCAUCAUCAGCGUGGACCGCUACUGGGCCAUCGCCAGCCCGUUCAAGUACGAGCGGAAGAUGACCCACCGCGUGGCGUUCGUCAUGAUCGGGGUGGCGUGGACCCUAUCGAUCCUCAUCUCCUUCAUCCCGGUGCAGCUCAACUGGCACCAGGCGGAGGAGGAAGACGAGGUGGCAGCGGUGGUGGGUGAAGGCGAAGAGCAGCAGGUGGUGGAGGCGUUGAUGGCCGCCAACGCCACAAACUUCACUGCUGGUAUCGCCAAGAACGACAACAUCACCGGGAGCUGCGUGGCCAACCUGAACAAGACCUACGCCAUCUCCUCCUCCUUCAUCAGCUUCUACAUCCCGGUGGUCAUCAUGAUCGCCACCUACACCAGGAUCUUCCGCAUCGCCCAGACGCAGAUCCGCCGCAUUGCGUCGCUGGAGAGGGCGGUGGAGCAGGCGCAGAACCAGAACCACGGGCAGACCUGGAGGCGGCAGCAGCAGCAGCAGCAGCACCGGGCCGCCGACGAGAACUCCCUGAAAACGUCGUUCAAGAAGGAGACCAAAGUCCUGAAGACGCUCUCCAUCAUCAUGGGCGUGUUUGUGUUCUGCUGGCUGCCGUUCUUCGUCCUCAACUGCACGGUUCCGUUCUGCGACCCGCCGUGUGUCAGCGACACCACCUUCACCGUGUUCGUCUGGUUCGGCUGGGCCAACUCGUCGCUCAACCCGGUCAUCUACGCCUUCAACGCCGACUUCAGACGGGCCUUUGCCACCAUCUUGGGCUGCAACCGGAUGUGCUCAAACAACGCCGUGGAGGCCGUGAACCUCAGCAACGAGCUGGUCUCCUACCAUCACGACACCACGAUGCACAAGGACGCGCAGGCGCUGGUUUUCACGCAGCACCAGCACCAGGCCUGCACGGUCAGCGUCGGGUCAGACCCCCUGGAGGAGGCGAGUGCGCAGUUCGAUGAGGAGUCAAGCAUCUCAAACGGUUCCCGGAACCACAAGAACCUGCUGCUUCCGGCCACCGUGCAGCUCGAGGACAACGGCGAACUCUCCUUGGAGACGAUAACCCCGCUUGCGGCACCGGAGUGUGACACACUAAUACCAGGACUAGUGGACCACAAUGAGUAG